GGUUAUUUUACGCCACAGUUGUGUCUUGUGGAAAUAUACGAUUUAUGCUAUUUGUCAUUUAUAAACAUACCAACAAAGGUAAUGGAACCAUAAUUUACCGAAAAUGAAGUCCGUCGUGGCUUAUGUGCGUAGUUUACUUGGUUGGUGUGAUGAUAAUCCGGCGAUUAGAACUAGUUUCAAACGCGACAGGGUAGACGAUGAUUGUUCGUCAGACGAUGAUUCGCCGGCAUUCAAAAAGUUCAGACACUUGAAGAGAACUAGUUUUCCAGAUAUAAUGGAUUCUAAAGAUAUUUUAGAAAAGAAUGACAACAAAUAUAAACAUGUUAGAUAUGUCCCAAUCCAAGUGGAAGCAGGGUAUCCUAGUACAUCAACCCCCAUAGAAACAUCUGGAAAAGCAGCAAGUAAAGUGCGAACAGUUCCUAUAAAAUUAGUAGGUCUUACUCAAAAUGGGCCCUCAACACCUACCCAAAAGCCGAGGAUGCAUACCCCGGUGAAGCCCAUGAUACAUGCUGUGAUUGAUGAUGAAGAUGAUGAACAAGAGGUAACAUGGGUUGAAGAUAAUUGUAACAGUAGGCCAUCAAAAGUUUAUAUCAAUUUAGAUGAUGAAAAUGACCACAAUCAGGAAGAUGAUGAUGUUAUAUUUGUCAGGAAGGUUAAUACUUCCAAACCAUACAAGUACUUUAUAAAAAAAGAUAGCCACAAUGAAGACUUGGAUGCAAGAGAAGAUGUUCCAUAUUACAGAUUAAGUAGAAAGUUAAAUGAUCGCAAUUUUGCCAGUCUAUCUCCUAAAGCACAAAUUAGUAAAUUUAAAGCCCCUGCUGGUAUUACAAAAACCUACAAAAAAGUUCCAACUCCUGUACCUAGAUGGAUGCAACCAACGAAGUCUUUGAAUCUCUCCAACACAAGAAAUAAGUUCUUAAAUCUUAAUGGUAAUACUAGAUCAACUUUAAAUGAAGUAUUUAAUUUGGAUGAGAAGAGAAAUUACAAAGAAUUAAUCAGACAAGUGGCCAAUUCUAUGAAACCAAUAAAUCGUGGAAAGCCAUUAGAUCUAAUCAAUCUUGCUGAAGAUGCAGCAUCAUUUAGAAUGACACAAAAAUCACAGAAAAAGGCAUUGGAUGAUAUCAAAUUAGUUGAAAAAGGAUUGGCGGUUGAUAAGGAAAAUGAAUCUGCAAAGGAGUACGAUCCCAUUACUGUGGCUUCUAUCAAUUCUUCAGAUUCUGAGGUGGAAAUCGUACCCUCUGAGUCAUCUACUACAUCUUCAGUAAGGAUUGAUCCUAUUAAUUCAUUACGAGACUCAUUCAGAGAUAAAGCUGUCACAGCAGGUGAUUGGCUAGCAAAGUUAGAUAACAAAUAUAAAAUGAAAAAGAAAGACACUCAGGAAAAACUUCGAGAUGCACGGAGAGAGAGUGAUAUCAUAUCUAAAGUUAAUAGUGAACAGAAAAUAGCACAUUUGGAGCACAAAUUGAAGUAUGAGCUUAGUAUACCUGAAAGUUUGUUUGAGGAACCGCAACCGACAGUAGAAUUACCACCUCUAACACCUGAGCAGGAGAAGUUGGUGAACAGAGCCCUUGGGCCUGGACCACCAGGGCAACUACUUGUAGAAAAAUUCAAUUUAAGGAUACAUAGGCGUGACCUGCAGACGCUGGCUGGACUGAACUGGUUGAACGACGAAGUUAUCAACUUCUACAUGAACCUAUUGAUGCAGCGGUGUGAACAAAAGUCAGAUUUGCCGCGAGUCUACGCCACUAACACGUUCUUUUACCCCAAGCUCAUGCAGGCAGGACAAGCGGGUUUACGGCGGUGGACUAGGAAGGUGGACAUAUUCGCGCACGAUAUAAUGGUAGUUCCAGUGCAUUUGGGAGUGCAUUGGUGUUUGAGCAUAAUAGAUUUCCGGGCGAAGAAGAUCUCGUAUUUAGACAGUAUGGGCGGCCGAAACCAGUCGUGCCUCGAUGCGCUGCUGCAGUACUUGCGAGACGAACACAAGGACAAGAAGGGACAGCCCUUUGACGACAGCGGGUGGACUACGGAAAUACUUAAAGACAUCCCCCAACAAAUGAACGGCAGCGACUGCGGCAUGUUCGCGUGCACAUUCGCCGAAUUCUCGAGUCGCAACGCCCCGUACACUUUCAGCCAAGCUCACAUGCCCUACCUGCGCCGCAAGGCCGCGCUCGAGAUACUAACCGCACGACUGCUGCUCUAACAACAGAGUCCAGUCCUACCUUCUGCGGUUAGUACAGAGAAGCAUACCAGACCACACGAACGACAUCAAUCAAUGCUGGAUAAAGAGGCGAACAAAAAGUUAAUUUAGAAUUUAAAUACAUAAUCAUUUGUAUUGCUUCGCGCGGUCGCAGUUCCACUUCUCACGAUAUCUUUAAUUUUAAACAUUUGAAAUACAUAUUUAUAAGUACCUAACUUACUAAAGAUUUGUACAUAAUAAAACAUGCGAUAGGAACGGUUAUAUUCUUCCAAGUAGUGAAAAAUGUAAUCCAUAUAAGUUAAAUGAUAUUGCAUUUGUGCAUUGUGUUUGCAUAAGAACUCGGAAUACUGCUCCAAGAGUAGCCUGGGAUAUAAAUUGUCGCACUUACAAAGUCACUUGUCUUUUGUUACUGAAGGAGAAAAUUAUACUUUACCCCUUUUUGUACCUUUUUUAUUACCAUCAUAGGAUUUUUUUUAAUAAUGUUAUGUAAAAUAUGCCAACAUAAAAUUAAGUGCAAACAUUAAAAUAAAUAAAAGCGCGUGCGUCUCGGGGUGCACGACAGAAGUGAUAACUUAUACUAAUCUAAGCAGAGCCUG